UAGUAAUAAUAAUAGUAAUUAUAAUAAACACAACGAACCAGGUACUUACUCUGUUUGGAAACAGCUUUAUAUUUGCGCCUGUGCAGACACCGAGGAUGAUGUCUCGGACAGAUUUACCCAGCGCCUCUAGCCGGCACAUAUCAUAAUCAAGGUCCUUUCGGUGGUGUACAGGGGUUGGCACUGUGACCAGUCUUCAUCUGUGCAGCCUGAAACAUAGCAAGCUGUAAUGUUCUGAUGCCUUUCUGUCAGGGCAGUUUUGAUGUGAAGAAUCUGAUAGAGGACGAAUUAAAAAAAAAAAAAAGAAAAAAAAAACUUAUGGAGGGUCAUAAAAUCAAGAUUUCAAGAGACUUGUAUAGUCUCUCAGGGAAUAAUACAGAUCUUUGGGACAGUAUAUGGAAACCUAUUAAUCCAGCCUUCUGCUUGGCGUGCGACUCUAUUUUCCCUGACAGGUUAGCACUUGAAGAGCACACAUGCCCCUUUGUAAACUUUAUUUGUUCAUGCGGUGUUAGUUUCCUUAAUUAUCCUGAAAUGUGGGCACAUAGUACUUUUCACAGCCACAAAGCCACUUGUGUACCAAGUCAUCAAAGUGCAAUCCAGAGCAGGAUAAUUGCUACUAAGGAACAAGAGUCAAAGUUGAAAUUGCUAGAGGCAACAGCAAAGAACCUUGGUCUUCUUCAGAACACUGCACGUCUUGCAUGUUUGCCUUCUCCUAAACCCAUGUACAAAAGUGGACAAACCAUAAACCUGUGCAAGCGUUUCAAGCCAGUUGUAAAGCUAAGGACUAUCCAGAGAUUUUAUUCCAAAGGAAAAUACAUGUGUGCAAUUUGCCAAGAAGUGUUUUGCAAACAGGACGAGCUCAUUGAGCAUGUUAACAGUCACUGCAAGACCUACAUUUAUGGCUGCAAUCAUUGUGGGCUGCUUUUAAUUGGAAGUGUUCCCCCAAAACCUUACCACAGGUGUGGUCCAUUUCAAACAAAUUUUUCAAAAAGGUUUACUGUUGGCCAAAUACAGAAAGACCCAUUAUUAACUUAUUCCUAUGCUUGUCCACACUGCUCUAUAAAAUUUGGUCAUUUGGGGAACCUAGACAACCAUAUAUACCUCAACCACUCCAACAUAAUCAAUGGUCAGGAAACUCCAAAAAUGUUGUCUCAAGUAAGAAGUGUUACAGGAGUGGCCAGGACUUUGGACAGAAUGCCAAAUGAGAUAGAACAAAAUAAGAAAAUGACUUGUGCCCUUUGCGGGAAAAGGUAUGACACGAUCAAGACGCUUGGGAUGCACUGGUGCAAAGUUAAAGUGACUUUGCUAAAGCCAGAGACAAUAGCAAAGAUGUCUGGCAAACAAGAACAACAACAAAUGGAUCCAAAUUAUCUGGCAAAGAGAAGCUGCAGUGAAGUUACCUUUCGGUUUCAGGACAGCUGCAACAUCAAGACCAUUGAUCGGUCAAAGCUAUUAGAAAUAAAAAGUGAGCCAAUAGAAGUGAACCUUAAAAUGAGAACUUUUUCCCAUAGUGUGUCUGUAAAAACUGAGUCUGAAUUGCAGGAUGAUAAUUAUGAACUGAAAAAGACUGAAUCUCUUAUUUUACCAAACAGUCAGGAAUCUGAGGAAAUCUAAAUUGUGGUCUUGGUAGUAUACAUUCAGAAAAAUAAAACCUUAAAAUCUCAUUAGAAUUAUUGUUUUCCUUGGCUUGAUUGUUUGUAACUUAUUUAUAUUAGUACUU